GAGUCCACAUCAAUAAGGAUGUCUAAACCUAUAUACGUAACACGGUAUUUAAUUAAUUAUUUGUAUGGGUCAUUUCAGCACGAUUAAAAAUAUGCCUCCAGCAAUCCUUUACUUUGAUUGGCUUAGCCGAGAUGGAUUUUUGCGUUUGAUUGGCUUAGCCGAUAUCGAAUCACGGGACAGAGGUGAUGACUCGCACAAAUACAGUAACUUGGUAUCGAACAUGCGCGAAGUCAAGAAGUCGGGAAGUGCGGUGUCCAAGCCCGCUGCGGCGGCGGCCUCUAAGGACGAUGGCGUGGUACGCCUGCACCACCCAGAUCCAUCCUUCUGCGACACUCUCCCGUCGUUCCUAUUCAAUGCGUUGGAGCUUGCCAUCAGUAUCAUCGCUAUUCAUUACUUGGUGUGGCCUGUGUUCACUGGCGUCUUCUUGUACUACAUCCACACGCUCGGGUACACGUACGUGAGCGUGGCGUUGAUUUUGGCGUACGUGCCGACGUUUCUGAACAAUGCGCACAUGAAGCUGACGCCAAAGGAAGGCGGCAUGCAAUGGGAUUGGUUGCGACAACAUAGCGCUUGGAAGUUCAUGUGUAGCUACACCAAACUCGAGAUUGUUCGCGAAGCAGAGCUCGACCCGACGAAACAAUAUGUGUUUGCAUACCACCCGCAUGGUAUUUUGAUCUUGUCGCGCAUUUCGACGUACGCUGGCAACUUUGAGGCGCUGUUUCCUGGCAUUGUGGCCAGGGCGUUGGGGGCCACCCCCAUGUUUUACAUUCCCAUGGCCCGCGAAAUCUGCCUCUGGUUGGCGGCUGUGGAUGCAUCGCGGAAAAAUGCCGAGCGCAUACUGAAGGACAAGAUGAGCGUCAUCGUCUACCCCGGCGGAUCCAAGGAGAUAUUUCUCACCGACCCAAAGUCCAAACAAACCACCCUCGUGCUCAAUAAACGCUUGGGGUUUAUCAGGCUGGCCGUUCGAUAUGGCGCCGACAUCGUGCCGACCUUUGUAUUUGGUGAAAAGUGGAUGUACAACAUCUGGAAUCCACCGAAAUCCGUGCGCCAUUUCUUUCUGUCGACGCUCAAGGUGCCGCUGCUGCUGUUCUGGGGGCGGGGCUUCACAUGGCUGCCCAAGCGUCUCACGGGCAAGCGCAAGUUUGGCGUCGUGCAUGGCAAACCCAUUCCAGUACAUUUUCGAUGCAUAUAUAUGUAUCAUCUAUCCAAACCUAUGAACGAUGGUGGGGAUGAUAAUAUUGGUGCUUGCCUAUAGGUCGUUCAAAACGAAAACCCUACCGAAGAAGAACUCGUCAAGAUCCACACGCUGUACGUGGAAGAGUUGAACGACUUGUUCCUCCGAUACAAGGCGCAAUUCGGCUACGACGACGAUGAAACCCUGGUCAUCCAGUAGUAAACUAGUCCAGUGACAGAUGUCUCGGAUCUCCCUUUCGAGGCAAGGAAACUGUUUUGCAUGCAAUACAAUGUUCACGUACAUGGCCA